GUCAAUCAUGAUUCGUACAAUGGAUUCGUAUUUCGUUUCGUUAUGUCAAAUUUCAAUACAAACAAAUUUCAAAAUAUUUACCUAGUCGCUUUUUAAACCUGGAAAAAGUGACAUAGGUACCUAGAGUUUAUGUGAAAUUAUGGAUACAGAUGAAAUCUAUGAAGUCCCUACGUGGCGUGGAGUACCAGCUACAAUCAUUUUAAUAAAUUUAUUAGAAGAUACGAAAAUAGUAGAGAAUGCACAUGUUGCAACUUGCCGCCUUCUGAGACAGUAUCUACGAAGUGGAAGUUCACAACUUAUCGGUGUUUACUUAUAUGGGGUCGAGGAAAAUAAUCCUACUAAUAGUUUGACAGAUUCUCAAAAUGUUAAAGAAAUUGUACCUCUUUCUUUACCUUCUUUGCCAGAUUUCAAAAAGUUAAGAGACAUUGAUUUCGAUUCAUUGCAAAGGUGCAAUGAUUUAAAAUUAUCUGAUGUCCUCUGGCAUUGCAGUAAAUCAUUUGCAAACUGUAAGAAGCAAAUAUCAUCUCACAAAAUAAUCAUGCUUACUCAGCUUAUAAAAACUCCCGUGCAAACUGAUCAAACUCCAACUUUAAAAAGGGUUAAAGAUUUAGUGGAUUCUAAUAUAGAAAUAAGGAUACUCAAUAUAUCUGAGAACACAUACAAUAUAGAUAUAUUUUAUAUUAAUUUCAUGAAGGAAGCAAACAAAGGACAGGACCCUAUUCUUCCACCGCCUAUUAUUGAUCCCUUGGAGAUAGAGAAACUUAUGUAUAGAGAAUCACAUAGGCGAUUAGCUGUAGCAAAUCUCACCUUUGAAAUUGGAGAUGGAUUUUCUAUUAGCUUAGGAAUUUAUUCGCUAAUAAGAAAAGCUGGUUACAGUUAUCAUAAAAAAGCUGAUUUGGAUAGAGAAAGUAAUGCUAUUGUAUCAAGUGUUACUAAAACAACAAAAGUCUGUGUUGAUUCUGAAGAUACAGAAACACCUAAAGAAUUACCACUACUUAAAUCUGAAGUAUUAUUCUACCAAGAAUAUGGUGGUGAGAGAAUAGAGUUUACUAACAGUGAAAUGAACACUAUUAAAAAUCCAUUUGGCCCACCAAUGAUGAAACUUCUGGGUUUCAAACCAGCAAAAAUGAUUUGUAAGGAAAAAUGGUUUUUAAAAAUGGGUUACUUCUUGUAUCCAAAUGAAAAAAUUAUAGAAGGAUCAACAGUAGCUUUUAAAGCAAUGCAUAAAGCUUGCUCUGAUAUGAAUAUGAUUGCAAUUUGUAUUUUAUGUACUAGAGUAAAUGCAAGACAUACUGUUGUAGCUUUAAACCCAUGUAGGAACCCACUAGACCUGGAUGUGGAAGUUGGUUUUGAUGUUAUUCAUAUUCCUUUUGUGGAGCAUGUGCGAGAUUUAAACAUACAAGAUGGUGACGAAGAGCCUGUUGAACAGGCUCACAAAGUUGUGAUGAAAGACAUAUUGAGUGCUAUUCAAUUUGAUUACAAACCAGACAUGUUUUUGAAUCCUAAGCUUCAAUCAGAGUACAGAGCAAUUGAAGCAAUAGCUCUUGAAGAGGAGGAUGUGGAACCGUUUGUUGAUACCACUAAACCUAAUUCAGCAAAGUUCCAGAACUUAAAGGAGGAUUUAUUUGAGGAAAUGCUAGGACCAUUUGGUGCUCUAACCAUUAAGAGAACUGCUCCAACAAUUUCAGGCGCUAACAGUAAGAAGACUAAAGUUGCUGACAUAGAUGAAGACUUACUCCAGCACAGAUUGUCAAGUAAGACAGUUCACCAGUACACAGUACCUCAGCUGAAGCAGGUCUUACAAUAUAAGGACAUUGACAAUUUGCCCGCAUUGACUGGUUUGAAAAAAGCUGAUUUAAUUGAGCUAGUAUAUGAGAAUUGUUAAAAAAACACAGGUUCUACAUUCAACAUAUUUUAUUAAUACUCUAAAUAUAAAGAGAUCCAUCAGCUGGACCGAGGUGAUGGAUGCCGAUUAGCAGAGCAUCAACUAGGGUCCAUACACCAAGGCCACCAAAACUAAACAGCUUCCCGAUUCCCUCCUGCCAGUGCCCUAAAUAAAAUCUAUCAGCUCCAAAUCCUCCAAGUGUGAGAGCGAGCACUAGAGCAGUACCCCAUCUAGUGCCAGCUGUCCAAGAGCAUCUGAUUUUCUUUAAGAAUUUUCUCUUUCCUAAGCAAAUUACAUCAUCAGAAACUGUGCAAUUUGUCCUGUAAAAAAAUAUACUGUUAAUCAAUGUUACGGAUAAAAUCAGAUAAAAUACAGAUAAAAUUGUUAAGUUAAAAACUUUAAAAGUUGAAUUUGAUAGCAUUCAAAUGCUUUAUAAUAAUAACUUUAAAAGUUUAUAUUUUUAUACCAUUUUGAUAUAAGAAAUGUAAUACAGAAGUCAAACUUACAAAUAAUACUUCAUAGGUGAAGCUAAGGAAUUGCAAUUAGCUUUCUGAUCACAUCUAUGUUCCCAUUUAUCAGUUUGGUAGCAGAACCGACACAUUGCAGUUUUGUUUAAGGAUUUAGGUCCCUGGAAAUCAAUACACAAUAAAGAAGUUAAUUACUGA